AAAGAACUGCACACCUGAACAGGGCUUUCUGUAUAGGUAUUCACAAAUCUGAGGUUUGAUCCUUACCUGUUGAUUACAGGUACACAGUUACUCAAAAACCUGCUUACCUGUACUAGGUUUCCGGAUUUUCCAACAAAUGACAGUUUUGCGACACAUGGAUAUUUGGACUAAUUUUGAUAAACUCACUAGGCAGGGAUAAACUUAAGAUGUACUUGAAAUCCCAAGCCUGGAUGGUUUAUAAAGCUGAAUAGAAGUAAAUGUAUAAGCUUAUAGUAUUGGAAUAUUAAACUUUCAAACACUUUAUACACAAAGUUUAUUUAAAUGUGAACUAGUAAAGAUUUUAUGGAUUUGAUGACGUCUUAGUUUAAAUCAUUGACACAGAAAAAUGUUAAGAUAGCACUCGUUUAGGAAAGAAGCCAGUAAAGCACCAAAUUGUAUCAAUCUUAGCUGAAAGUGAUACUAACAAAUGAGGAUGGAAAUCAAGGGACAUUUAAACCAAAGGUGUUGAAAUAAACAGUGCUAUAUUCAUAAAAUUUUCUGCUCGGAUACCCUUUUUGAAAAGUGGAAUUUUAUGGACGAUAAUUUUGACUGGGAUCAUAGUUUACUAGGUUACACCAAGGGAAGUGCUGUGGUUUGAGUUUGGUAUGGUUCGCACAUGUGAUAUGAUUUUCAAAUGAAUAGUUGAUACAAAAACCUGCACAUGGAAACGGCAAGUUUAACAGGAAGAGUUAGGAAGGAUUUCUGAACAGACAUUUUAUGGCUGCUUAAUCUAAUAGAACCAUACAAAUUAGGAUUAUCAUUUUACAUAUUGCUGAUCAGUUGGAAACUGUUUAUAAUCUAUACUACACAUGUAUUAGUUAUGUAAACCUGAAUGUUACAAUCGAAUUAUACAAGAUAAUCCAGCAAACGGUGGAUGUAAUAUAUUCACUUAGAUAACCAGGGGACAAGAAAGCAUUUACCAGAGAAAGUAGGAAUUAACAAGAAAGAUGAGUCAAGGGAACCAACCACCAGGAUAUAACAGUGCUAGUAUGAAUCAAUGUGGACCAGGUCAGUCUCAGCCACAACCUCAGGAGGGGGUGCGAGCUUAUGAGAACAUUAUUCCUAGGUCUCAAAUCAUUCCUGGCUCACAGAUUAUCCCCUGCCAGGCACCACCCCAGAGGUUUAUGCAGGCUCGGCCAGGUGGAUACAAUAAAAGUGCAAAUCCAUUGUUAGCACAGUCUGAGAGCAAUCCAAGGAGGGCAGUGAAUAGCAAUCAAUUAGACAACAACUGGGGUCCUGUGUCACCAGUUGUCAACCAGCGUCAUCAUAAUGUUAGGCCUUACCAUGUUCCGUCACCACAGAGUGUAUCGUCAUUGUCACCUCAGAUGUCACCACAGGGACUACCAAGUCCCUCCCCCCAGCAGGUGCAAAUGCCCCCACCAUCAAUGAGGUCCCCUGCCCCAAUGCAUGGCAACAUGGCCCCAUCAUCGAUGCCCUCUCCGCAAAUACCCAUGCAAGGUCCAAAAGCAAUGAAUGCUCAAGGUCUUAUACAGGCCCAAAUGCCCUCACCAUCUCAAAGCCCUAUGCAAGUACAAAUGCCCUCACCAGCUCAAAGCCCUAUGCACUCUCCAGCUCAGAGUCCAACUAUGCAAAGGGCCAAUAUUGCGGCUACUUUGCCACCAACAUAUAACCAGGUGUGCCCACCAUAUAACACAGCUCAACAACAGAAUCAAUUACAACAAAACCAGGCCAUGGUAGCACAACAACCAAAUGAAGGCAUGGUAGCACAUCAACCAAACCAGGGCAUGAUAAGACAACCAACUCAGGGUAUGGUAACUCAGCCACCAAACCAGGGCAUGACUAGGCAACCAAUGCAGGUCAUGAUGUCCCAGUCCUCAUCUACACAUGACAUGAUGUCCCAGUCCUUAUCUACACAGGGCAUGAUGCCCCAGUCCUCAACUAUACAGGGUAUGAUACCCCAGGAAUCACAUGUACAGGUGGGGCAGUCCCAUCAGGGUAACAUACAUCAAGGGUCUCAUCAAAGCAUGGCACCACCCCCUAACAUACAACAACAUCUGCAGCAACAACAGCAACAUCUGAAGCAACAACAACAUCUGCAGCAGCAGCAACAACAGCAGCAAAUGCCACCCCCUCCUCCCCACCCUCAACAGCAAAUAAUGUCAACAAACACGCAACAGCAGCAGGCGCAACAUGCAAACAUGAAUAUGUCAGCUCCUUCACCAAAUACAGGUAUGUAACAUAUGAUGACAUAUGAACAGAAAAUCAACAGUACAACAGUGCUUAAGAUUCUCUUCGGGAAUCUCUUUCAUCUGAGAUAUGGAGACAACAUCCAAAUCUGUUUCCAAUGUUUAUGGAAUCAUUUGAUUGGGUCUGAUAUUCCAUUAGGUAUACGUAUAUAACUAGCUUGGGUAGAAAGUUAAUAUAUGUUUGACUAUUUAAUGCUCAUACUAGGUAACAAGUUGACACAUAGGUGACGUUGGAACACUCAAGUUUGAUAAAUCCCCAGACCAUUCUAGUCAAGAUAUUAAAAAAAUAUGACACGUAUGAUUUAACUUGGUGGUAUUGUCUUGUAAUCUGACUAAUGCAAUUUGCUAAUAUUAUGUUUUAAAUCUAAUGAAUAUAUGUCAU